ACAACUUCUUCCGUCACAUGCCACCGAAAGGGAGCACCGACACAGGCGAGGAUGGAUGCUGGAUCGGCCGGGGUGCUUGUUAUCCUCCUCCUCCUCUCCAUCCUGUGGUUCCUGGUCUGGAGAAGCGAUAAGAAGAGAAGCCGGCUGCCUCCUGGACCAGCCCCGUGGCCCAUUCUGGGCAACCUACAGCAAAAGGACGUCCUGCCCCUCUACAGGACCUACGAGAAGCUGAGCAGCACGUAUGGCCCCAUCUUCACCGUCUGGCUGGGGCUGAAGCCGGUGGUGGUGCUCUGCGGGUACGAGGUGGUGAAGGAUGCUCUGCUGGGCCACUCCGAGGAGUUUGGAGGGAGACCCGAAAUACCCCUUCUGGUGCAGCUAUCAAAAGACUACGGUUUUAUCUCCAACGAUGAGAAGAAGUGGCGGGAGCUGCGGAGGUUCACGCUCAGCACUCUGCGGGACUUUGGGAUGGGGAAGAGCUCCAUGUCGCAGUGGGUGCAGCAGGAGGCCCAGCACCUGGUGGAACUGCUGGCAAAACUCAAAGGAAAUGCCUUUGAGCCGAUGAUGAUGUUCAGACACGCAGUUGCCAAUGUGAUCUGCUCCGUUGUCUUUGGGAGCCAUUACAGCUACAGUGACACGGCCUUUCUGGAGCUACUGAACGUGAUCGGGACUUAUAUCAGCUUCUUCCUCUCCCCCAUCGCCAUGGUCUACAACACCUUCCCCAACAUCAUGCACCACCUCCCGGGGCCACACAGGAAAGUCCUGGCCAAUUGCGAGAAGCUGAAGGACUACAUCCGAGAAAGAGUCGAGCUUCACAAGCUGACGUUGGAUCCCAGCUGCCCCCGGGACUACAUCGACUGUUUCCUUAUGAAAGCAGAGAAGGAGAAGAGCAGCCUGGAGAACAUGUACAGCGACGAAGACUUGGUCAUGUCAGUAUUCAACCUCUUUGGCGCCGGGACGGUGACUACUGGCAACACCCUGGUCUUCUUCCUCUUGACCCUGGCAAAAUACCCCCAUAUUCAAGCCAAGGUCCAAGAGGAGAUUGACGCAGUGGUGGGCGCCGGCCGUGCUCCCAGCAUGGAGGACAAGCUGAGGAUGCCGUACACCAACGCGGUGAUCCACGAGCUGCAGCGCUACCAGAAGACCCGCAUCGAGAACUUCCCGCGGAUGACGACGCAGGAUGUCGUGUUCAGGGGCUACACCAUCCCCAAGGGCACAGCUGUUAUUCCGGUAUUUUCUUCCGUGCAUAUGGAUCCAACCCAGUGGGAGAACCCCAAAGAAGUCGACCCAGGCCACUUCUUGGAUGAGAAGGGCGAGUUCAGGAAGCGCGAAGCCUUCAUGGCUUUCUCGGCAGGGAAGCGGAUGUGCCCCGGCGAGGCGCUGGCCCGCAUCGAGCUCUUCCUUUUCCUCACCACGCUGCUGCAGAGCUUCACCUUCCAGCUCGCCGUCCAGUACGAGGAGAUGGAUUUAUUCUCCCUGUGGCUCGAGAUAGAGAGGAGGGCGAUACCAUGCAAGUUCUUUGCUAUUCGGCGCCCAGUGUCCUCUUAA